AUGGCCAAAAGUUCUCGAUCAAGCAGCAAGAAAUUCAACAACCAGCGCAAGGCCGCUUCCAUCUUCGGCCCGGCAGAGACUGCAAGACAAGAGCGUCUCUCGGCCAAGCUGCUGGAGUUGGCAAAGCAGGCCAAGCCCGAACCCGCAGAGAUGAAGAUUGAUGCCAUGGACGUCGACUCAAAGAAGCCAAACAGACCCUUCAGCGCCAAGAAGGGCAUCAACAAGAAGAGGAAGAAGUCGAGCAUUGUGUUCCCCAAGUACAGCGACAGACUGAGGAAGACUGCUCGAAAUGCACCAAAGAAGGCGUAA